UUGAGUACAACAAUCAUCAGCCAAUAUGAGGAUUUCAUAGAAGAAUUAAACAGCACAGACAAUCCCAAAAGACAAAAGAAGGAUGAUGAGCUAAGCACAAAGACCAGUGUUAUGAGCAGUACAACAAGAAAUGGGUCAUUAAAAGUUCAUUUAAGUACCAGCAAGCAUACUGAAGAGAAUGCCAACUGUCAAAGCAUGACUGAAGUAUCCAUCAAUUCUACUGGAAAGCUGAAAAGUAGUAAAAUUGAAUCAUCAAAGGAAAACAUAGGAGAAUUCCAGAACAUGCUUGAGGACUCAUCUGAAAAGCCAAAGAGCCAAGGAGAGAAAGGAUCAAUAGCAUACUAUUUAGCACACUCAAGAUUUGAUUAA